AUGUGCGCCCACGUCGGAGAAAUGGGGAGGCAUGGGGAAGGCUCACCCGUUCUUUCUGUUACGGCGGACGCUGUUAGGGAGCUUGAAGGGAGCGAGGCACUGUCUGGCUUGUGGACGCUAUUCACCAAAUGCAAAGAAUCACUCAAAGACGGGCGACGACUCGAGAACAUCUCUUGGAGGCUUUGGUAUCGCGAAUUGAUGUUGCCAUCAGAGAAGAAGCACCCCGUCGAGAGAGAUGGAAAUGGAGAUUAUCGUCCGCUUACACCGAGUUUGGAUUUGGAUGAGAGGGCAUCCCUGCCACCUAUACCCAUGUACCCGUCCAUCCCGCUCACCCGAAAGCCGUCUUCAAUACGGAGAUCCGGCUCCGUUAACCAAGGAACUUCCAUGACCGUUGGAAAGAUCAUAUAUGAUAUGUUACCCGGGAGCAGGAUUGCGAGGUUUUCGAUAUCGCCCAGUGGUACUCUGCCCGCUGCCAAUAUGGGUACUACGCCCGCUACCAACCCUACAGAAUCUGAACCCCGCUGGGUCAGGUACAACCUUUCCAUUCUACCCCUCCUUCCUCUCCCAGAACCGACGACGACGAGGGAGGCAGUUAUUCUUGCUGCCGAGUCGUUACCGACGCCUGCUAUGGAGGAUGUUAAGGGUGGUUAUGUGUCUUCUGGGACGGUUGCAGAUUCAUCGACGACGGUUCCCUCGUCAGCAACAACGCCCUCUUAUGUGCAUGACACUAGUCCUGGGCAGAGUGUGUACGCUGGCCCUCCGUCCCCGUCGUUAUCAGAUGUUUAUGCGCACGCGCAUCCUGGAGAAGUUCUUUCGAUGCAAUUGCAAUUUGCCUCUGCACAGGCACCCCCCUCAAUUCUGCCGGCUAUGGCCUUGGUAUCCUUGCCUUCCUCAACAUCAGCCAUCCCCUUAUUCUUACCCUCCACAUCAACAUCAAUCCAAACCCCAACCCCACGCACGCCGCCCCCACCAACGCUAGUCGUUGUGAAUCCGACGCCGAACCCGACGCCGCAUCCUACGCCGCCUGCUACGCCUGCUCCUGUGCUUUUAGGUGCGGGAGGGGGUGCGGGGGAGAGGAGGGCGAGUGCGCAGUAUCUUGCUUUGCCUGGACGGGCGGGGACGCCUCUGAGGGCGGUAGGUGGUGGUGGUGGUGGUGAGGUUCGAGUGAAGGUGGAUGGAGGGAAAGAUGAUGUUGAGGCUCGGAUACGCAACGCGGUUGAACUACACGUCAAAGACAAGGACAACAGCAAAUCGUAUCAACAUCACCAGAAAUAUAAUUCGACGUCUUCGACGAGCUCACACGCUUCUUCGACUGUGUCGGUGGUGACGGGUACGACGGGGGUUACUAGUGCGAGUACUAGUGAGGUUGAUGGCGAUGAGCAUCACGGUACCAAGGUCGUUGAUCAGGAGGAGCCGCCACAAGGAGGCAUUGGGGUUACUUCGUCGAGGGAUGAUUGUGCUUCGCCCUCCGCUUCACCUUUGCCAGCCAAAUCCUCACCUAAAUCCACAUCGAGCAAUCCACAUUCCCAAUCACCCGAGCCCUGGUCCCAUUCCCAUUUACGCUCACCCACCACCGCCACCAGCACUGCUACUACCACGACAACAACAACAACAACCCGUGCUCGUGCCCUUCAACCCGCUCCAGCCACCGCCAUCACCCGCUGCGCAAGUAGCAGCGGUGGUGGUACGAGUCGAAGUCGGAGUAGACCAUCGCUCUCCGUUUCGGGUGUUUCUACUAAGAGUAGGAGUAGGAGUAGGGAUGCUGGUGGUGGUGUGUUGGCGUUGGGUAUGGGGAUGACGAAGAAAGUUGGAGGGGUGGCAGGGAAGUUGGUUUCGAGGGGGAAGCUUGGGGGGAAGGGGUUGAGUAGGAAGGAGAGUCGUGUUGAUGUUGGGGAACAAGGGGAGGAGGAGAGGGAAGCGUUGAAUGUUAGAGCUGAGAGGGAGUAUUUGGCCAAGAUGAAGGAGAUGGAGAUGGUUCAACAACGAGAACGGGAGGGAGAAAGAGAGAGGGAAAGAGAAAAGAGAUCGGCGCUGUUCAACAUCGGCUCGAACUCUGAUAACGGAUCGAAGAGCGCUGGGAGCGGGUCUGAUGUGUCUGGAUUGGUUGGGAUGGGGGGUGCUUAUGAGUUGGCACAGGGGGCGACAGCUGCUUGGAAAGGCAAGGGUAAAGAGCGAGAGGGAGACAAGGCACACCAGAAGGAGAUCGACGACUUUAGGUUGAAGCAGAAGGAGAGGGAAGUGGCUACGGCAGCGGCUGUUGCCGCUAAUCUGGCACUGGCUGCUCAACAGCUUGCAAGGAUGGGGGCGCCUUUGCUGCCUCAGCAGCUCGCGGCGCCUUUACUUCCCCAACAACAGCGAAGAACUAUCGUGCUUGCUACUAGCGAGUCGGACUAUGAGACUGAUUCGGAUGAGGAUGAGGAUGGGUCGUGGUCUAGUGAGGAGAUGAGUGGUGAUGAGAAUGGACAUCAAGUCGAUGUGAAGCCCGUAGCACAUCCCCCUCCUCCUCCUCCCCCUGCCCCAGUAGCACCACCCAUCGUCCACCGCCUCGCCCCAAUCCAAAAAACGGUAUCUAACCAGACCAACACACGCAAUACCAAACCCAUCUCACGCGCCCAAAUCCACCGUGCUCAGGCGCAAGCGAACACGCAAGCUAUAAUGGAGAAAGCUGCGGCUGAAGCGCAGAGGCAGCGGGAUAUGUUUGCAAAGUUGCCUGUGGCUUCUUUCCAGAACAUUGAGAGGGGCGGACCGUCGAGGACGAGGAGCGCGGGGCUGUUGACGCAGCUUUUGAAUCCGCCGUUGGAGAUUUUCCCGGUGAAUCAUCCGUAUAGGAGGGGAUAUAGUUCUGGGGAGAUACGUGUUGGGCAGCAGCAGCAGGGUCAAGGGCAACAGCAGCAAAAGGCUGGACCGUCGUCGAAUGCGCCUUCUGGGCCGGCUCGUGCACCUGGUGGGAUUAAAGUGAGCAAGAGCGCUGCUGCGCUGCCUAUUUCGUCCCAGGUACAGGUGGGGAGCGUGUAUGGGAAGGGUGUGGCUUUGGCUGCUAUGCCGACUGUGGGCCCAGUUGUGAAUGGCAACGGGAACGCCAAUGGUGGGUACAGGCCCAAAGGACGUCCUCAAGGCCAAGAGCUCGAAGACGAUAGCGGGAGCGAGGAUGAGGCGAAUGCGGGUAUACAAGUGUCUAAGAGCAUAGCGCAGGAGCGGUUGAAGGCCCUCGCGCAGCGGAGGGGCAUCGUCACGCAUGGAAAGCAAAGGUCCAUGGGUGGUAGGCUUACGACUUUGGAUGAUAACGACGUCCCGCCUUGGCUUAAUGGUGGUCCCCAACCUGGUCCUUCUACAGCAUACGGUCAACUUCGUCGGCAAGUAUCUGAUCGACGUCCGUACCCUGAGGAACAACCCCCCACGCCGACGCCUAUCCCCGUUGGACACCCGUACAACCUCCCUCCCCCCGCUGCGCCUUCCACCCCGCGUACCACCCGCCGUCAGAUGCUCCAGACGGAGAUGUCGGAGAGUUUGAGGCGGAAUUUGUUGUGGGAACGACAAGUUAGCAAGGUCAACCUUGUGGGGUAUCGGGCGAGUACGAAUGGGGGUAGUAGGGGUAAUGUGCUGGGGGGUUUGAAGCCGUUGACGACUACACCUAGUAUGGUUCAGCUGAGGGCUAAAGGGGAGGCUGCUGGAAAUGGGAAUGGGGCAGCUGGUCCGUCUGGUGCGGACACAACACAGCCUUCUGAUAGGGAGAGGAGGGGGAGUGGGGGAGAGGCGGAGGAGAGGGAGGAGAGGAGACGGUUGGCGAUGGCGAGGAAUAAGAGUUGGGCGGACGAUUAUCACUUUAAGGGGUGGUAA